AUGGUGACAACCAACAUGUUACUGAGCGUCUUCUUUCUUUCAGGUGCUUUGUCUGCUUGUCCUCACAAUGCAGGCCUAUUCAUUGAUGCACCAAAGCAGAUGGUAGCACUGAGUGGAUCUUGUCUGCAGAUCCCAUGCAACUUUAGUGUUAAAUACAAAGAGAAAUUCAACAGCACAGGAACAAUCUUUGGAGUGUGGAUUAAAAGUAACUCCUAUUUUGACCAAAAAACAAACAAUGUGAUUUUCAACAGCAGCAAGAUGAAUAACAUCUACCCAAUGAAUCUGACUGGAGACCUGAGUGAGAAAAACUGCACCACUUUGUUUUCCAGUGUAAUCACAAGUUUCACAGAGACAUACUACUUCAGGGUUGAUGGCUCGGCAUUCUUUGCAACAGCUACUUGCGAUCCUCUUCAAAUAACAGUUAAAGAUUCUGCUCCGAGGCCCAGCAUUGAGAUCUCAGGUGGUGUGAAUGAUCUGAAGGAGAAGCAGUCUGUCACUAUAACCUGCUCAGCUUUCACUCCCUGUCCACACUCCCCUCCUAAACUCACCUGGACUCUCCAACAAGACCCUCACAACAUCAUAGAUCAAAACACAGAUGCAACCUUUAGAACUAAAAUCCAGGAGACCAUCACUCUGUUAGACACACAUGAUGGACUCACCAUCAGCUGUUCUGCAGGAUAUCCUGUGAAUGAAGGAAAAGAUGUGAAGACAGCAGCAGCAGAAAAAAUUACUCUCAAUGUUUCAUAUGCUCCCAAGAACACCUUAGUGUCCGUCAGUCCAUCAGGUUUGGUGUCAGCAGGUAGCUGGGUGAACCUGACCUGCUCCAGCAGAGCCGUCAGCCGAUUCACCUGGUUCAAGAACAGCAAAGAUGGA